AUGUCUAAUAAUACCAAUCUUGAUAUCUGGUUUGCUGGUGCAUUUGCGGCGUUUACUGUCGAUUUGCUUGUCUACCCCCUUGACACUCUCAAAACACGUCUCCAAUCGCAAAACUAUGAACAGCUAUACAAAGAUGCCAGUGGCAAGACGAAACCUUCUUUAUUUCGUGGUCUCUACCAAGGCGUUGGUUCCGUCGUCCUGAUCACAAUCCCCUCGUCUGGCGCGUUCUUUACAACAUACGAAGCCUUGAAGUACGGCAUCUCGGAAGCGGUUCCUCCAAACUCCACGAUAUUCCUUCCCCAACCUGCCAUCCAUGCGGCGGCCAGCGGCGGCGCUGAGCUUGUCAGCUGCGCCAUCCUGACCCCGGCCGAAGUUCUCAAGCAAAAUGCUCAGAUGCUUAGUGCUCGAGGGAAGAGAACAUCUACUUCCUUGGAAGUCUUCAGGCAUUUUAGAAAGAACCCUUCAAGAUUAUGGCGAGGGUAUACUGCGCUGGCUGCAAGGAACCUGCCGUUCACAGCUCUCCAAUUCCCCGCCUUUGAGUUUCUGAAAGGAUAUUUCAUGCAAAGGCGGAAAGAUCGGAAUGGCGGCAAACCCGUCGAUGGAAUAGCUGAGCGUGCACGUAUCACGGCAAUGAGUGCCGCUAUCGCCGGAAGCGGAUCUGCAUGGAUCACCACCCCGGUUGACGUGGUCAAAACCAGAAUCAUGCUUGCUGCUGGAUCUGGUGAUGAUGGCCCAAGAACUGAUCCUAAGGGAAAAGCGUCAAAAUUCCUCAUGGGCGGUGUUCAAGGGUCCCGGAAAAGCGGACUAAUCGUGGCCAGAGACAUUCUCAAGACGGAGGGCGUCCGAGGCCUGUUCCGCGGAGCUCUCCUCCGAGCCUGCUGGACUUCUCUGGGCAGUGGUCUAUACUUGGGUUGCUAUGAGGGUGGCCGUUUCUACCUGGAGAAGAACAGGAUGGAGGAAAGAGAAGGCGAUCACCUUAUGCAGCGCGACUGGUCGAAGGUCAAGGUCGGCAUUGGAAGCUCCAGGUCUCAGGACGUGGUGAAAAAGAGUGCGUGGCAGGAAGACUGA